GUUGGUUUGAUUCAUUUCUGUGAAGAACAAACUCUGUAGACAGUCCAAGGCAUCACUUUUUCCAGCAGUCCAGCCUGGGCAUAUUCAGGAUUGAACGCAUGACCUGCAAGGUUAUUGCUCAAGUGACAAUCAAGUUGAAAUGGCGCGACUAGCCCUUGCGCUUGUGGCAAUUUUGCCACAUGGGCUCCUUUGUUUGGAUCCCUUUGCGCUCACCAGCAAGCAAAAGUCCGAGUUGCAGAUUGCAGCCACCACUGCAGUCCUACCCAGUGAGAGCACUUGCCCUGGCAUGAACGAAGAACCCACCGACACGGAGAAGGACUUCGCCACGAAUCCCUAUUGGAAGUAUUUCACCUACGACACCUUCGAUUCGCACUCUUGGGUGACCUUAAAUAACUUGGAGGAAUGCAUGAGAAGAGUGAAAGGAGGUGGCAGCAACGAUUGGGUUGGUGCCGACGACCUCUGGGAAGCACACAAGCUGAUCUACCAGCAGUUUGGCGAUACGGCGAGGCCGACCAUGUGGUGGAAACAAGGGUGGAUCGAGUAUAGCCCUGUGAAGAAUAGUGCGACGGUGUUGGGCCUUGCAAAGGAAGCCACGGCUCCAAUGAGUAGCAUGUCAGAGGAAGCUUGGGAACAGCAGCCAUGCAACGCCUUCUCGAACGCUGCCUUCUUUGAAGUGUCUUUGGCUGCGUGCCAAGCAGAGGACGAAGGGAACUUCGUCGACUAUUCGGGCACUUGGUCUUGGCGGGACGAGGUGAUCGCUGCCGGGGCGUUGAUGGCAUAUGGGUCCUUUGCCAUGCACGGAAACCCCUCCAGCGGCCAGUAUCAUGAAGGAAUUAUCUCAGACGACCCGAAUGCAAGUACAGACAUGGGGUAUGACACUGCCAUGUUUGACCGAGUCUCCAUGGAUGUGUUGUUUUUCGUCUUUUACCACUCCAUCGUGAGAGCUAUGGCAAUCGACCCCACGGACGAGGCGUCAUUGAAGCCAAUCCUUGGCUUGAUCAAGAAUGAGCAGUUAGCACCCUUGGGAUGCGACAACAUGUACUGUGACAGCCGUUUGAUCGUCAGGGAAUACCAGCGGAUUCUCACUGGCCCUACGGAAAAUUGGCAUGUCAUUCACGACAUGCGAAACAUGGUUCCUGACUACAAGACUGCAUCAGUUGGGCUUGUCCUCGUGUCCAUCCGUGCAAUCUUGAGCGACGAGCUGUUUGGGUCUUCAUCUAUGAAUGCGUACUCACAGAUUUGUGGCAUUCUGAUCGGGUCGUUGUUGCCAGGUGACGGAACAAGUGUCAUUCAGUACUUUUGUAACCCAGGCUCUGAGUGGUACAAUGCCAUGUUGACGGCCAAGCUUCGAAUUGCGAAGGAUAUCGCGAAGAGUCUUGCCACUCUCGUGACGAUCUUGGAGUCUUUGAUUGAAGGUAUGUAUUGGCAAGAGUCCCUUGUAGGCCCAUCCGAUUACUUGCAGCCGUUUUUGAAGAAAAAUGUGGUGAACGUGACGGGUUGCUGGCGCCAGACGCAUGGAAACUGGCACCGUGUUGCUGCACAAAUGAUGAAGGAGCUCAUGCAGUUCAUUACGACUGACGUGUACACAACCACGUUGACAAGUCUAUCCCAAGAGCAAAAGCAGCAGGCUUGGGGAAGUUUGAAUUUGGUGGUGGCUGAGUUCCUUGUCUUUGUGAAUGCCCUGAAGAUCAUGUCGGCGGCUGACACAGUGAACUUAUGCCGAGUCUUCAAGUUGGCCAAAGAGGUGGGCAUGUCUGGGGAGCCCUUGAACUAUCAAAUCAUGCCGAUGCUGGAUGCUGCAGGAGUCAAUUCGAUGCUGACGAAGACCCUUCAAGCCCAGGAUCCUGUCACGAACAUCGACCUGGGUGUGAACUUGCGAGUGGCAACCAAGCCUUGCAACUACGAUCUGAAGGAGGUCUUUGUUGAUGAGGUGACCGGUCUUUCAGCCUUUACUUUGGAGGAUUUGGACGUGUCCGGGCAGUAUGUGGACUCCAGCUCCUUUGAGGACACGGCCGUGAAGUUUCGCCUGGCCGUUCGGACAUGUCCCUUGAGUCUCGUGGUGAAAGCAUCUGCAAACUUUGUGCAAGAUGGAGGCUCAAACAAGUUCACCAACGUUGCUUGUCGACGCGUCCAAUGGAGAGUGAAUGCUGAAGUCCAUCUCACCUUCCAGAUCAGCGAGCUCAUAGCCUUUGCCCAAGCUGGUUUCCAGAAGAUCUUCGCCGGCGCUUCGGAUGCUUUGAGUGGUGGCGUUGAAAGCUUCCUACUGGACAUUCAGCAUCUAGAGCUCGCAAGAUUUGAAAUCACCAACUUUCCGGGGGAGGCCAACAUCAAGAAUCUGGUGAACAAAGCACUGGAGGGGACCUUGAGAGAGAAGCUCAGUGAACUUGUGCAGGGGAAGGUGGAACUGGCCAUGAAUGAGGCCAUUCAAGGAGCCAUGGCACAGGCCGGUUCCAAGAUCCCCUUCGGCUCGGAGAGACGUUUGGGCACCUGCCCGGCCAACGCGGGCUCAGUGGCGGUGGACUCGGCGCGAGGCUGCUGGGGGAGUUGGUCUCUGAUUGGUUUGCUCUCUUUGACCAGGUUCUGGUUCUUUUGACGUGUUUUUGCCAUGUCUUGGCAGGCCCCUUGAAGGGGGGCUGGCUAGGGUGAGCUGCUGAUCUCUGCCAUUUUUCCACGCUGGCAGAGGUUCCGCGAAUCAGUGAUGACUGGAGCUUGGCAUCUGCAGGUUUUUGGACCUUUAGGUAGCCAGUGCUUUCUUUUAUCGCCCCUGCAUCGUUUUGCAUCUGAGAGCCACGAAGCUCUUCAGGUUAACGUAGGCUUUAUUGUAACCGGCGAGCUGGCGAAGAGCCAAUCCGGUCAGAGACAUGCUGGCAGAAGAAA